AGGUCAGAUCGUGGGGGCAGUCGCUUUAUUGGGGAAGCCCAGUUUACCAGUUUUUUUGGUCAUGGCCCAGAGCGCAUGACCAUAAGGUGAAGAUCAAACAGGUCAUGUUUCUAGCACAUUCAUUGGACACGCUCACACCAUCUUAGAACUUAAAGGAUCCUCAGUCAACAAGUCCAGUGACCUGUUGGCCAACGCAACGUGCAACGUGUCCACCAAUGAUUCGACAUUCUGCUCGCCGGCGGCCGACGGCACGGGAGCCGCGAGUCCGUACAAGGCGGUGGAGAUGUUUUUUAUCGCCCUGGUCACUGGGUCGCUGAGCCUUGUGACUGUCACGGGGAACAUUUUAGUCAUGCUGUCCAUCAAAGUCAACCGCCACUUGCAAACUGUCAAUAACUAUUUCUUGUUCUCAUUGGCAUGCGCUGACCUGAUCAUUGGUGUGUUCAGCAUGAAUUUAUACACUGUUUAUAUCAUCGUUGGAUACUGGCCUCUUGGGCCCGUGGUCUGUGACCUGUGGCUUGCUUUGGAUUACGUAGUGUCCAAUGCAUCAGUGAUGAACCUGUUGAUUAUUAGUUUUGAUCGUUACUUCUGUGUGACCAAGCCCCUCACGUACCCUGCGAGAAGGACCACAAAGAUGGCGGGGUUGAUGAUUGCGGCAGCCUGGAUCUUAUCCUUCAUCCUUUGGGCCCCCGCCAUCUUGUUCUGGCAGUUCAUCGUCGGGCAGAGGACGGUGCCACCUGGAGAAUGUUACAUUCAGUUCCUGUCGAACCCUGCGGUGACGUUUGGCACCGCAAUAGCGGCGUUCUAUCUCCCAGUUAUAAUUAUGACCGUGCUCUACAUCCACAUCUCACUGGCAUCAAGGAGCAGGGUUUCCAAACAUAAACCCGACAAGAAAGAGAAGAAAGUCUCAAAAGCACCCAGCAUGACGAAGAGUAACAUGCUAAAACAGAACAACAACAAUGAAAGCAGUCCUCGGAAGAGUCCUCACAUGAGUCCCAAGCUCAGUCUGGACUCGACAACCACUGUUGAUGAGGCUGUGAAGAACGGCAGGGCGGGGGCAGCCAAAUCGGGCGGACCACACACGCCGGCUCAACCCAGUCCUGGGCUCACAGCGCAGGAGGAAAAAGAGAGCUCCAAUGAUUCGUCCACAGCUUUCAUUCCCCCAACAGAACCAAAAGCGAGCAAUGAUGUGAUAUGUGAGGCUCCAACUAAUUCUAACCCAGUUCCAGCAAGUUUGGCAAAUCCUUCCAUGUCCAAAAUCACAUCCAACUCAAGGUGGUCUAAGAUAAAGAUCGUGACCAAGCAGGCCGGGGACGAAUGCAUCACAGCAAUCGAGAUUGUCCCGCCCGUGGACGGAACCGAGAGGCAUUCCAUCCCGAUCAGCCGCCCCAGGACGGUGGCAAGGAAGUUCGCAAGCAUCGCUCGGAGCCAAGUCAAGCGGAAAAGACAGAUGGCCGCCAGGGAAAAGAAAGUGACCAAGACGAUUUUUGCCAUCCUGCUGGCUUUCAUCAUUACUUGGACCCCUUAUAACGUCAUGGUGCUGAUCUCCACCUUCUGCCAGUCGUGCGUUCCCGACACCGUGUGGGCUAUCGGCUACUGGCUGUGCUACGUCAACUCCACCAUCAACCCGGCUUGUUACGCCCUUUGCAACGCCACUUUCAAAAAGACUUUUAAAAACCUGCUGCUCUGCCAAUACAAGAACAUUGGCACAAGAUAAGUUGAGUCGAGGGUUGAGUCUACAGGGAAAGAAGAGGGCGAGAAGGUUGGCACGAUUUGAAAGAUGACCCGUACCGACUUUUACAGUAGAGAAGCAGACACGAUUUAUGUUGCAGAUGAAGGAAAAUUGAGCCCGUAAAUCCUCCAGCUCCCCCCACAAGUUGAACAAAAUCUCCAGGAGAAAAAUGAUUUCAUCAAAUUUGCCGUGAGGGGAGCGGGAACAACAAUAAUUAAAUACCGGCGAACCUAUGGGGGUUAGAUUAGAAUGAGAGUACUAAUGAAUGAGUGUAAAAUAAAGACCAGAAUGACGUGAUUGGAGAGUGGGAGGAAUGUUUUGUGAACAGAGGUUGGAUUCAUGAAUGAAUAAUAAGCGUGCAGUGUGAAUGUGUGCUUUGUGUACAGUGGAUGUAUGAAUCGAAUAUAGUACAAGAAAGAGGACUAAUGAUGAUGAUGGCGCGAAAAUCACAUUAGUUGACCAAAGAUAUUUGGA